CUUCUCCAUUCAAACUGGUUUGUUAGAUUGCUUUGGAUUGUUUCCUCGGGACGUUCACAACAAGGUUAAAAAUAUCAAACACAUCUCAUGACACCAAUCCAAAGCGAGCGGGGUUUAUCAGGGGGGACCUGGAUCAUUCAUUUCCCCACCCAUUUACCCCUUCACCCCUUGUUUAUCUGUUAAAAAACUGAGGAAUUCAGCUCUGUGGAAAAAGCGUCUGUUCAUGGUGCAGUGUUGUGGUUUGCGAUUGCUGGUUCGCAGCUUCGGCGGAGAUGUAGAUGCAUGAAUAGUUAUCGAGUCGAAUUUGUGCCGUUCCGUUUGUAUUUAACGUUAGCUGAUCUUUGAAUCAAUACAACAGCGUUAGCUGCCCUGGACAAAAUGAGCAGAAACCAGCAUCAUUUUAAAGGAGCAGAGGUCAGCUGCUGUGUUAAAUACUUCUUAUUCGGAUUCAACAUCAUAUUUUGGUUGCUGGGAGCUGCAUUCCUGGGUAUUGGACUUUGGGCUUGGGCAGAAAAGGGAGUGCUGUCAAACAUUUCCUCCAUCACAGAUCUGGGCGGCUUCGACCCUGUUUGGCUGUUUAUCGUAGUAGGAGGGGUGAUGUUCAUCCUCGGAUUUGCCGGAUGCAUCGGUGCGCUCCGGGAAAACACGUUUCUGCUCAAAUUUUUUUCAGUGUUUUUGGGUCUCAUCUUUUUCCUGGAGCUCACAGCUGGCAUUUUAGCCUUCGUGUUCAAAGACUGGAUCAAAGACCAGCUGAACUUCUUCAUCAACAACAAUGUUAAAGCAUAUCGGGAUGACAUUGACCUCCAAAACCUCAUUGACUUUGCUCAAGAAUAUUGGUCGUGUUGUGGCGCUCAUGGACCGAAUGACUGGAACCUGAACAUCUAUUUCAACUGCACUGACUUUAACCCCAGCCGGGAAAGCUGUGGCGUUCCUUUCUCCUGUUGCGUCAAAGACCCUGCUGAGGAUGUCCUGAAUACACAGUGUGGCUAUGAUGUGCGGCAUCAAGGAGAGUUGGAUCAGCAGAAGUACAUUUACACUAAGGGCUGCGUGGGGCAGUUUGAAAAGUGGCUGCAGGACAAUCUGAUCAUUGUUGCUGGGAUUUUUGUGGGGAUUGCAUUAUUACAGAUUUUUGGGAUAUGUCUGGCUCAGAACUUGGUGAGUGACAUCAGAGCGGUCAAAGCUAACUGGUGACCCUUUGCAGAGGGCAACAGCUGACGGUGACCUCUGUGAUUAUGGCAGAGCUAACUGCAAAUCAGCACUGUUUACACACCAUUGAGCUGGGAAAAUCUGCCCUUUUAACCCUACGGACGUUGUAUGUUGUCUGACUUUACAAAAUGGACUUUCCAUCUAUGUUUUUGUCCUUUUUGUAGUUCCUUAUCUGAAAGCGAGCUCUUAUGGAGCGUAUCCAGAUGGAGCUUAAUGUGAGAUGUCACACCGAGAUCAAGCUAUCUGCGAUCUUGCAGCUGGCUCUUGAUCGAACACUAUUUUCGUUUGCCCUUAUUAAAAAACAUUCACCAGACUCUCCUUCGCGUUGGUGAAUUAAUGUCAAGCAGAGGGUGUUUUCAUUAACCUGUGGAUGACUUGCUUUGGAGAAACACACAAUUCAACCACUGAUACUUUAAACAGAGGAGCCAUGAACUAAACGAAGCCUUACAGCAGUGCAUUUCUCUAUACACUUGUGUGGAUUCAGCUUUUUACACGACAUUCUGUCCGUCAGUCAUUCGAGCCAGUGGACAGUUGGACUCUUGCCUCUGAUUGGCUCUCUGUUGCACAGGGUAGCCACUCGGUACAACGUACUUGAUAAUUACACGUAUGCAUUUAUUUUUCCAUUGCAAUUUAUAGUUCCACCACUUGUUGGGGAGGUGGAGAAAUGGUCUGUAUAGUUACUUUAUUCUCAUUUUCUCUUCUGUGAGUAUGAAUCGACUUGACCGCUGUCCAAGACUUGUUUAUGACUCUUUUUGUUUUCGCUACUCUGCUAUGCUAUAGUGACACUAAAAAUGUAUUAUUAUAAAUAUGCUGCUUUAACUCAAAGAAGAUAUUCAUCACUAUACUAACCAAGUGAACUUUUUAUAGAAAUCAUGAGGUAUACAUUCCCUCUGGGAAACUUCAGAUCACGCAGAGUGAUUUGCACAUGAAGUGGACAGAUUGAAUUAGCCUUGCGUAUGAUCACAUGCCUUAUUGAGCCCUACAGAGAUGCUAUAGCUGAAGCCUCCGGCAGUUACGCAUGCAGCACAUGGCUUUAUUUACUGGUCAGUCUCUCUUGCUUUGCGUCACAUGCAUGCAAUCGUCUAUUAAAAAAAGCAUGGCAAUGCAGACCUCUUUAAGCGCAUGCUCGCGUGUGUGGAUGUGUGUCCGUUCCAUUAUGACUACCAUACCAGUGCGUGUCCAGAAGGUGUCUGCAUUGAGUCAUGACCUUAAAGCUAAUAAUGUGCAAAGUAAGAUAAAUGACGUACUGUGUGUGCAGAACGUGCUCGGAUGGUUUUAGCAGUGUCGGCAGACUGAACUGAAUCAUCUGUUUAAAAAGAUCUACUGUGUUGUCAGAGCGAAUAGUAAAAUGUGAGAUUUCUCUUCUGUGGUCUUUUUGGGAGAUUUGGGAAGGGGUUGCUGACUCCUGCCUGUGUAUAUUAGAGGCAUUUUUUUAUGCAGAUACAAGACAGAUUAUAUGCUAAAUGAUGUUUAGUGGACCUAAAUGGAUGACCCUUUGUGAAAGCCUAUCAAAAACAUGUCUAGGUUGCAUUUCUGUAUCUCAUCGCAAUGAUAAAAAUACACUAUAUAAAAAAAGGUAUAUUAUUUAAAUAUUAGAGUACUUAUAUGUGUAAUGAUCAUUUUUGUUGUACUGCCUUUGUUGAUGUUAAUAAUGUAUUAAUAUUAAAUGACAAGAAGCUAAUUUAAUCAAAAGUAAAAACUCCAGAGGCAAUAUGAUAAGAAAAAAGUGUAAUGAAAACAUGAAUUUAUGUAUUCUUGGGUGAAAUGCAGCCUGGACAUGUUUUUAUUUGAGAUUGACACAAAUAUGUUAAUAAUUUCUCUCCCUCUCCUUUUCUUUGUCAUGCAAAUAUGGCUUUUUUUCUAAACUGAGAACUCUAACAUUCCCUUUUGUGGGAGCCUCUUGCAUAUCAUGAAUGUAAACAUCAUCUUUUACUAAUGUUAUGUCAUAUAUAACUUAUCCUUCAAAGUGCAAUGCACAAACAUAUGUGAAUAAAAUUAAUGUUUGUCUGACUGUAGGCACACAAAUGAAAAACAUGGCAACUCUGUGUUCGUGUAGUGAAUUAGACAGUCCUUGUGCAUGCAUUGGCUUAAUUUUUAAUGAAGUGCAUUAUGCAUUUGUGCGUUUUUUUUUUUCUUUCUGUGCUGGUUCAUCAGAAACUGUUUUGAUGAUUGGUAUUAAAACCAUUGAGGUUUUU